AUGAACUUUCUCAGGCACUUGCUUUUUAAGUUCCAAAGUCAAGACAUUGAUUCUAAGACAUUUUCAGAUAGGUACCAGGAUACAGAGCAUUAUGUGAUCAAAGUAGUGCAGUCUGAAGUCUACUUUGAUGAGAUAGACUGCAUUCGACGUCAAGAGCCUCUCUCUAGAAGAAGCCCAAUAGCUAACCUUAAUCCCUUUCUAGAUGAACAAGGACUGCUUCGAGUCGGAGAUCGCAUAGUGAAUUCUAAUUUGAGCUUACGGGAGAAGAAACCUUUGAUCAUACCAGGACGCCAUCACAUAGCAACCCUCUUAGUUCGUUGCCAUCAUGAAAAGGUCCAGCACCAGGGGCGCCACUUCACCGAAGGAGCUAUCAGGGCUACUGGGCUAUGGAUAACGGGUGUGAAGCGACUUGUGUCAUCUAUCAUUUAUAAAUGUGUAAUGUGUCGAAAACUCAGAGGGAAAUUGCAAUAUCAGAUCAUGUCUGAUUUGCCAGCAGAUCGCCUUGACCCUUCACCACCUACCAAUGUGGGUGUGGAUGCAUUCGGACCUUGGGCCAUUGUUUCACGAGAUUCACUGCUAUUCAAGACAUUCCGUUCCGAUCAAGGAUCCAACUUCAUUGGGGCUGUGGAUGACUUGCGCAUUGAUUCCAUAUAUGUCGAUGAUGAACCCUUGAAAAAAUAUCUUCACAACUCUGGUACAGUGUGGAUCUAUAAUCCUCCUCAUGCAUCCCACAUGGGUGGGGCAUGGGAAAGGAUGAUCGGCAUAACCCGUAGGAUCCUCGACUCCAUGCUAAUUGGUGCCAGUGGGAAGACUUUAACACACGAUGUUCUGAACACAUUUAUGGCGGAGGUUUGUACAAUUAUCAAUUCGAGACCUCUCGUUCCAGUUACCACAGACCCAGACUCUCCGUUGAUACUUACCCCAAUAAUGCUGUUAACACAGAAGACUGAGUACGAGUUUAAAGACAACUCAUUUGGAGAAUUCAACGAUCGUGAUAUGUUCAAGGCUGAAUGGAGACGCGUUCAAGCUUUAGCGAGUGUAUUCUGGUCUCAUUGGAAGAAGGAGUACCUUCCGCUACUACAGAAUCGACGGAAUUGGACUGAGAGCCGACGCGACAUAGCAGAGGGAGAUGUGGUUCUUAUCAAGGACAAGAAUGUUACACAGAACUGCUGGCCUAUUGGUUUAGUCUUGAAAGCCUUCAAAAGUUCUGAUGACCACGUACGCAAAGCUGAGGUUCGUACCAUAGUGAAUGGAAAGCCUGCAGUUUAUAUUAGGCCAGUGGUUGACAUGAUUCUUCUCAUUGAGAGUGAAUGUGUUUAA